ACACAAAGCAGCAUGGCGCCUGCCAGCAACCCGAAAUAAAAACUAGCAGACAGCUUUCAUAACUCACUUGUCGCGCACUUAAUAUAACCUCUUAAUGGGACGCUUCCUUUGACGUCUUCGGGCCCACGGGAGUCCGCCAGUGCGUGCCUUGAUUGCGAGGUCAUGACUCCCCUUCGCCUGGUGAUGGCUCCUGCGUGAACAAAAGUGAAAGAGAGCCGCCACGGGAAAACACGGUAAAGCAACAUCCAGACGACGCGUCGUCUUUUCCAACAUGGAGCCUGCUGGUUUGACAACCGCCGGGGCCCUGCGGCGCCUACAUCACAGCCUCAAGACGGAACUGGAACAGUUUAAACGAAGGGAGUGCCAGGUGACGUGGCUUGGGGAGUCGUUCCACCACAACAACCCGCACUCGAUCUUCCGGUGGCCGAGCGUGGUCCUGCUGCUCUUUGAAGUGGUGGCAUUCGUGGUGGCCUACUCACUCGGAGGGGGUCCCGUGUUGGUUGGAGACUCUCUGUUCCUCAUCUGCGUGCUUGCGCUCAACGUUAUACUUGUGAUCUGGGAGACGAGGCUACGUCACAUGGAAAUGAGGCACCGCGCCCAAGCCAUGGUCAACACGCUGGCGAACACCCUGGGUCACGGAAGCGGCGAUGAAGCACCCUGGAGCACCUCGGACUACGCUCCACUGUUCCAGCCGGCGUCGCCGUGCAUCAGCCUCCAGUGGGCUGUGCGCGAUGGCCGUCUGGUCAACGUGCCCGUGCACCUCCUGGUCGAAGGGGACGUGGUGGUCGUCCGACCGGGACACCAGGUGCCAGGAAAGUGCAGCCUAAUCACCAAGGGCAAGGAAGCACCGCUGGUUCUGGAAGAGAAAGAGACGUUUGUCCCGGAGACAGGCAUCGGCACAUGUGCCACCUUCACGGGGGCUCGGCUGCGACGGCCGGUUGAGCCUCGCCACUUUGUCAUGCUUGAAGUGCCUUACGUCAAGUUCUUCAGGUUGUGCUUGGAGAACUCGCUGAUGCGGCCCGUCUCGAUGUUCGCCAAGGAACUGCACCACGUCAACAGCACGUACCUCGAGCGGACCGUGAUUGGCAUUCUGGUACUGACGACCGUGCUGAAGCUGGCCCAGUGGCGCUACCUGGGAGACCGGGCCGGCAGUGUCAAGGAGUUAGUGUUGCAGCCCGCCCUGGCCAUCCUGCCCCUGCUGCCGCUGUCCCUGCCCGCACUCUGGGUGGGCCUGCAUGCACUGGGCACAGCGAGGCUGCAUCUUAUGGUAGCCGCUCAAGAACACAUGGCUGUGCAGCGCGCUCACGACGAUCCUUUCGAGGAAGGGGACGAGGUGGAGUCGACGCACCCCGACGGAUCGGACCUGUCGUGGGGCCAGGUGCAGCCGCUGUUCUUGUCCUUGCUCCGCGGCAAGGCUCCGCACCUGUGGAGAACCUCCAGCCUCCUGCACGUCCUCGGCAGCGUCACGACCCUGUGCUGCGUCGACAAAAAGGGAAUCCUGUCGUGGCCGAACCCAACACCCGAGAAGGUGUUCUUCCUGAAGCCGCCACGGUCUAGAGGGAGCAACGGUCUCGCACCAAACUUUGGCGGUUCUGGCAACAUCCGCCACUCUGGCCAACUCGACACAGGCUCGGACAUCAUAACCGAGGACAGGCCGACUUCACCCGGUGCCGGCGACUCGGUCCUUGAGGGGGGCAAGGGGCUGACCAUUGACAAUGGACCCCUAAGGCGCGAGUCCAGGUUGUCGGGCUACGAUGCGCCUGACCACAUGUACCAUCCGGGCACCCACGUUGAGGUGCUGGACCUAACGCACAGCAUGCUGUCGGCCUUCGGGGUCCAGUUCGACGACCCCCAGUGGAAGGACUACAUCAACAACCUCAAGCCACUCGGCCUCAGCAUUUUGCUCAACACGUGCAAUCCAGCCACUCAGGAGAAAUACGCCCGUUUCUGCGAUCACAUUGCCUGUGAGAGCCUCCACAACGAGUCGGCCGUUCCUGUCGUCAACAAGCGAUGCCUGUGCGACCUGGCCGUCCAGAUGGGUUUCACGGAUCGAGCGGUCGAGGCGUACCAGCACCUUCAACACGUGGCACUCUUCAGGCAUGUGCAACCUGAAGUGGUCCAGAAAGGAAGACUUGCCCGGUCACUCAACUUUCCACGCCUCAAGAUGCCAUUUCCCAGCAUGUGCUGUGCAGUCGUCAAAGAGGCCCUGUCAGGAACACUGCAAAUGUUCACCCAAGGCACAGCGGACUUGGUCCUGGACAUGUGCUCCGAGUACUGGGACGGCCGGGACCUGUGUCCGCUGAGCGACUCCGACCGCAAGCGGAUCCUGGACUUCUACCAGCGGUCCAGCCUGACGUCCUACUGCUUGGCGUUUGCCUACGCUCCGCUGCUGCCGUCGCUGCUCCUCAACCCGGCUCUCGAAGGCAGCUACCUCCAACUUCCACCUGACAGCAGUCACCUGUUCCGUUCCUCCGGCAAGAAGGUGGGCGGGGCGGCGCUGACGCUGGGCGUCGCUUCGGACGACAAGACGCAGAGUCACCACCUGAGCACGGACUCGGUGAGCCAUGAGGAGGAGACGAUGGCGAUGGAUGCGGCCGGCCGGGAGCAGGCCCUCGAGGCCACCGUGGAGCGGCUCAGGAACCAGGUGUUCAUCGGCAUGGUCACCAUGCAGUACCAGGCGUGCCCGGACUUCGUGAAACUUGUGGAGCAGCUCGAAGAUGCCUGCAUUCGAUUUGUUCAUUUCUCAAAAGAGAACGAGCUACGCAGUCGGGGCUUCUCUGAGAAGAUGGGCCUCGAAUCGGGCUGGAACUGCCACGUCUCCUUGCUCAGCGACAGGCAUAGGACCGACAGCAAUGCAUCGACGUGUCAUCAGUCACAGGUGUCGGCGAGGAGCGUGACGUCCGUGCCGUCGAGCAACGUGGCUGUUGUGGCGGUUGACCCCCACGGAGUCAGCAUCGUGGAUGGCAAGGCAACGAACGCUCCACCACGCAGCAUCAGUGCCCCCAACCUGGUGCACUCCGAGCUGAUCGGCAGUCGCUACGGUGAUUCGCCGCAGUCUCGUACAAGUGUCAACAGGACUGGGAACAAUGCGGAAGGCACCGUGAGUGGCGACGAGUCAGACCCGCUGUGGACCCACGGUGACUCGGCGUGCCCUUCACCGAGCAGUGCCACCGAGAGCAGCACCGAUAGGGGAGCACCGGUUGCCUUCGACAUCUCCAAUCGGGCCAAGCUGCCUCGGGGCAUCGAGAACAUCCGGCCGCACAUCGAGCACGUGGACAACGUGCCCCUGCUGGUGUCCCUGUUCACGGACUGCACCCCCGAGGCCACCCUGGAGAUGGUGCGCAUCAUGCAAGAGUACGGCGAGGUGGUCGGGUGCAUCGGCAGUGCAGCCAGCCUCUACAACCUGCCCGUCUUCCUGCAGGCCGACUGCAGCAUAGCUCUGGAACCACUGGCCCCGCAGUUGUGCGCGCGGCAGCUCGCACCAUCGCCACUGCCGUCGGCCAGGGUGUCAAUGACUCCUCGGGCCCUGGCCCACACCCUUGGUUCGUUGCCCUGUGUGCUGAGCAGUCCGCGUGAGAAGAGCCUCAGCCUGUAUCAUCUCAUCUGGGAGGUGGGCACGCACUUCAGCCAAGCAGUGCGCAGUGCCAUGCAGUUCCUACUCUGCUGCUGCCUGAGCCUGGCCCUGGUUCAGACGCUGGCUGCGCUGGUGGCGUUGCCACCCGCACUCUCGCCCGCGCAGCUGCUGUGGCUGCUGGGGGCGCUGCUGCCCGCGCUUGCACUUGCACUCGUGUUCGGCAGCAGCGCCCACGACAAUCCGCGGGUCAUGACCACAGCGACGGGCAAGAGUCACCCGCGUGUCAACCGUCAGGUGGUGCUGUUCUUCAUCUGCUGCUACUGUGCCAAGUUCUGCCCAUCCGUGCUAGUCACACUGGCUUGCUUCGCCUUGGCGCUCGCCCAUUCCUGCCAGACAAGCGGCUUCACCCCAUGCUGGCCAUUCUUCUCUCAUGGAGGGUCAUCCGAGGAAGCAACGGGCACUCCAGCCGUGUCCUGGGUCUCUGGUCUGGCCCUGUGCCAAAAUGUCGCUGCCUUCUUUCUAGUCCUGUACUUCGUCGUCAUCUCCAUGAGCUUCGUUCACCGGUCUAAGCCAGCCUGGAAAAGGAACCCAGCCACUAACCGGUGCUGGCUUGCCACAAGUCUCUCCGUGUUGCUGCUGCAGCUGGCCUUCUGCGCAUGCAACAUCUGGGCGCGGGCGACUGAGCCGCUGGAAGUGGUGCUUCCGCUAGUUCCGCAGUACGUGUGGCUGACAGGCUUCUUGUGGACGCUGCUGCUGCUGCCACUCAACGAGGUUGUCAAGAUACACGAGAUUAGGGCGAAUCGUCGCCAGCAAAAGAGGGCGCGGCUCGAGUUUGGGACCAAACUCGGCAUGAACUCUCCAUUCUGAGGUUGCCCACCAUACAAAGCGCUGGACGCUUCUCGACACAAGAGUGAACUGUGAUCGCCCUAGAAACCUCGUGGCACAACGCGCCGACACUAUGCUGCCUUCCAAGAUGGCCGCUCGCCCAACAAAAGCUGCGCCAUACCUUCAAAGUUCCUUCAGAUGUAGUGCCCGUGCUUGUCGUGUGAUACCGUCGGCGACCAUUUCAGGGAUUGCUACAGAGGCUUCCAACGAGUGUGCGUUCACGGCUGCGUGAAACGAUUGCUUUUGCCACGUUUUGUGGCAGUGAAACCUGCCACGUCGUCAGACUAGGAGGUGACGCUCUGCCACGUCGUGAGCUCAACAGCUGCGAGCCGGCCGAGCCGUCAGAGGGCCACUACCCUAAAUGCCCGCAUCGUCCCUCGCACCUUUCCACAUUUCUGUUCGGUGUCGUGCGCCGAUUCCUCGGCUUUCGUCGAUUCUGGCUCAUCUUGACUUUUCCAGGCAUCUCGCAGAACAGAGACGCCACUGUCAAACAACUUCGACAUAGGAUGUUUGCAAGUGCCAUCUUGACUUUUCCCGUCGCCUCUCAGAACAAAGAAGCCGCUGUCAAACGACUUCAUUGUAGGACGUUCACAACUGCAGGGAUGAAGCGGAAGACGGGAAAUGAGGAACCUGCAUUCGUAACACUGGCCGAGCAUUGCGGAUGCUCGGGCAUGUUCAGGCAUGUUCAUGUCUCGUACAUUCCUGUGUUCAUUCAAUGACGAAGCAGGUACGUCCAGUGUACUGGCAAGUCAAAGACGUGCAUGCAAUGGCAGAGCAGGUAUAUGCACGCAAUGACAGUAUGAGAGAAUGUGGCUACAGUGACUAGACAGAUAUGGGAUAAUGUCACAUAACGGGACAGAUAUGCACACGGAUUUUGUGACGGGAUAAAAAUGUGCUUACAGCUGUAGGACAGGUGUGUGCGCUUGCAGUGACAUGACAAGAACAUUCAUGCAACAGCAGAAUGAUGUAAUGUUUUGCAGUGACAUCUCAAGUACACAUGUGCGAUGGCAGGAUGAAAAUCUGCGUACUGCUGUUAAUUGUAUUGCAAGGUUACCUUAAGGAGCCACCGAAGAACUAUUUCCUGAGCCUGAGAUGCUCGCAGAAAUUAUUGGGACGAAUUUCGACUAAUAUACAUAUUCCUGAAAAGCGUUUAUAAAAAGUACCUUGGUGCACUUUGCUCAUCGUAAAUGAAAACUAACAUUUGGGAUUAGUUUGGCUAGCAAUAAAUUUCAUUCAAAUCAGUCCAGCCAUUUCCUAAUGACAGCAUUACUGCAUUGCACGAUAGUUUAUGUUUAUACAAGGAAAUCGAGUCUUCACUGUCACUUGCACAUUUCUUUUGAUGGUUAAGGUGUUGUAGCCAUCUUUCUUCGAGGUCUCGCGCCGCUCAUCCGUUACGUGAGCUCGUAUCUUCCAUAUGACAGGACUGGCAACCUUUUUGAAAGACACAUCAUCAAAGUCCUUGCUGGCCGUUAUCAACUUUAUCCAAAGUCCUUGCCGGUGUUAUCGAGAGUGUGGCCAAGUACGGCCAUGUAUAUAACACAGCUGUUGCAUCGCCAUCCCCGAACUUUGGUGUGAGUUCUGCGGCGAACGACAAUGGCUUCCAACGUGGUGCAGGUGGUGCUGUCUGCAUUGUGGCAAGUUGCACUGGGAAUGACACAGGCUUCUAAUGCAGCGAGGCUUACCGCCUCGCACGCUUCCAACGCCGAAAGUGAGACUGCUACAGAUUCGCUCGAUUGCGUAACGAGGGGCAGCGCAGAAAUGUGUUGGCAAGGCAUACGUGUCAACAAAGCAUCAUUGCAAAUGGUGAGAGUACAAUUCCAGAAGUUAGUCAUUCACUGGAGUCGAUAUUCCGCACAAACGCGGCCAAACCUCGUUGAAACAAAGUUGUGUCUACAAAGAAACGUCAUCACCGUAUAUUCGGUAUUCAUUAAAGGGGUACUGACACAAAAGUUUUGGUUUCGCAUUUUUUUGCUGCAAUAUGUUGCUGAGGGCCUGUUAGUCAUAACACGGCACAUCGCUUUCUGCAGCGCAUGACAGAUAAUUAAUUAGUCUGUUGAUUACCGACCAGUCUGAGUUUUGAUUUGGGGGAGUUCUCGAGAACGACAAAUUGCCGGGGACAGCUAACGCCAUCUAGCAUGCGAGACGGCACACAAAACUGUGCGUACAAACUUCAAAAUUCAUAUGAAUAUGAAUUGAGAUAUGGUAGACUGUAUACGCAUGUUCACGGGAAUCGAUCCUGCAGGCUAUCUGUGCCACGAAAUUUUGUGUCAGCAGCCCUUUAAGCAUGUGUUUCUUACAUGCUGACAUAUUACAACAAAAUCACUGUAUUCGAUCAUUCAUUAUGUCCAUCUUCAUUGCGUCCAGGCUCAAUUGCACCACGUAGCGCUACUAGUGGCGAGGACAAGGAGUGAAUGAACA